GCUGUCAAGAACGGCAGGUCCUACCUACUGUAGUUUGCCAGCGAACCUGGUUCCCGAGCAGCAGUCAUAAGUCACUAGUGCCGGCGACUGCACUGCUUAAUUCAUUUUCCUACUCGGGUGGGCGAUUUGACUCUCCUCGUGCAGCCAUGGCGGAACGCGCGUCGUCUUCUGCCCUCCUCUUCCUCGCAAUGCUACUGCUUGCCUCAAGCGCCACCACCACCACCGCCCUAGACACCACCACCACCACCACACACCCCUCCUUCUCCUUAGACUCCCUCGCAUUGGAGAACCUAGGCGAUGAUGCAUCCUCAGCCGUCGAUCUCCGCAGCAAGAUCUUUGGCGAUCCCAAGGUGUCGGUCGCGGUCAAAUUCAUCUCCACCCUGCUCACCCGCACCGCGUCGCGCCUCGCGGUCGGCAACUACGAAAAGGCGGCGCGGGAGCUCUUCGCGCCGCUCGCGCUGGUCCUCCCGCCGGACCUCCCGCUGCGCUACCUCCCGGAUCCCGCGUCGCAGGCAGCUUUCCUGCAGGAGCAGCGCGACCUCACCGGGGCGACGUUCGCCGUCACGCGCCUCGACGUGUACGAGCCGACGCCGAAGCGGUACCUGGACUACUCGAUCGUGACGCUCGGGUCCAUGACGACGGUGCGCGGCCCCGCUAAGUUCGUCUUCCUCUGGGAUCUCGUUCGCGACGAUGGUCUUACAGGGGCGGCCGCUGCUGCUGCUGCCGAUGGCUAUGUCGCUACUGCCGACGAGCUUGCUGCUGCUGCUGCUGGCGGCGUGGGUGGUAGUAACGCGGCUGCUGCGGCCGAUAACUCGCUCUACAUCUGGGCGGUCAGCUGGAUGACGUGGAACUACGACCUCCCCGCGCCCAAGAAGUCGCCGCCUCCGCCGCCCCCAAAGUCCCCGCCUCCUCACUCGCCGUCCCCCGCGGCGGCGGACGGCUUCCACCAAGCGCUCCGCGAGGUGCUUCUCCGCGGAGAGUUCGGCGCCGGGGCCUCCGCGCUUCUCACCCGCGCGAAGCGGCUGGACGCGGAGGCGGAAAUGCAGCAGUUGCCGCAGUGCGCAAAGGAGCUGUUAGCGGCGAUACGCGGCGAUAUGGGUCGCGGCGGCCCGCCGAAGCCGCCGUCGCCGCUACGGCCGGACGCGGGUUCGGCGCUGGUGGGCAUCCAGGCGUCGAUCGAGGCGUUCUUCAACGCGCUGGCGUCCGGGGACCUUCUGGGCGCGAGCCGGCUGUUUGGGCCGCCCGGCGAGCCCACGCUGCUGCUCCCGCCGGGGUCGCGCGCUCUCAUGCUGGCCACCACCCCGCAGAUCCUGCAGCUGCUGGGGGAUUUCGUGGCGAGCGGGUCGACGGUGGCGGUGACAAUGGAGGAGGUGAUAGUGGUGAAGUACAAGGUCAGCAGCUACCCCAUCAAGGGGCCCAACCCCUACCACGUCAUCACGCGCGGCUCCUACACGCUGCUCGACAACACAGCAACGGAGACGGACCGGGGCAAGAUGGUGCAGCUGUGGACACAGUACCUGCCGCCGCAGCCCCCUCCGCCUUCGCCCCAGCCCGCACCCGCACCUGCUGCUGCUGGCAUCACCUGGUACUUUAGCUGGGCGCUCUGGAGCUCCGACGGGCCCUUACUCCCCCCUGAUUUCCUGUAGAUUCUAUGUUUUAAGGGCCAUCAAAGUCAUGUGUCCAGUCCAUCACUGCUUCUGGCAUCACCUGGUACUUUGGGCCCUAUGGAACUCUGGUGGGCUCUAGACAUGACCCCUCCUGCUCUGCUCUAGUGUGUGUGCUGCCCGAAGGAGCUCUGAUGGUGCCGUGUGCUGCACUUGUUUGCCUGUACUCGCUAAUAGAGGGCUCUGUGCAGUGUGCCUUGUGUACUGUGGUUUGUGCGCCUCCGUCCCAUGGGCUCACUGCACUACUGCUUCCACAUUUCUCUUUACGGUGCUGCUGCUGCUAUUGUAAUGGGGUUAGGGUGUGUAUUUUGGUAGGUGCUCUAAUUGGCUGCUGGGGGAUAUGCUUAUCUUGAAUUUGUUAUCAUUUGUGGAUUUUCAUUA